AUGGAUAUAGAACUCGUAAAUACUAUAUUAAGACUGUGUAACGAAAAGCAAACAUGCCUAUUCGAAGUACCAUUUCUAUGUAAUUAUUGUCUUGAACAACAUCUAUGUUCAAAUCCGAAAUAUGUCCUUGCUAGUAUUAAAAAUUAUAUGGAAAUAUUUAAAAUCAGUCGAGACAAAAAUCGCAUCGAAUUUUUUAUGCCAUUUGAAAUAUGUCGCAAUAAUGAUGAUAUGUGCCAACACGGUGAUAUUUUAUGUUCAAAUCUUCAUUUAUGUUACGAUUAUUUUUAUACAAAUGUAUGUCGUCAUUCAAUGAACUGCCCAUAUCCACACAGACUAACAGAGAAACACCAUAAAACUAUACUAGGAUCAUUAAUCAAUCUUGAUUUAGAUAUUUUAACUAAAGCCUUUCGAGUUUAUUGCCAAUCUAAAAAACACUUAGUAGGUUAUAAUUCAUUGAAAACACAACCAUUGAAUGUCAAUUCAACCGGAAUUCAUAAUCAUACAUCAUCAUUAUCAGCUACCGUCAAUAAUUUGCGAUCAGUAACCAACCUGCAAAUUAACGGAGAUUCAUCAUGGAAAACAAAUAAUAGUCGAGUACUUGUUACUUUGAAAACUCUUCCAAAACAACAGACAAGUUCUUCGAUCCCUGACCAAGGUGUUCAGAUAUGUUGGAAUCCACAAAACGAUAUUCAAACUCAUUUCAUCGAGGUGAUUUUUAGUAAUCAAGUCAAAUCCAAUGGAGGUCCCAUUCAGACACAUAAAAUUUAUCAACAUUUAGGCGUUGCACAAGUAUUUUAUCAAAAUUCAGACAUUGCGGAACGUGUCAAUCAGCAUGGACCAAUAAAAUUUCAAUCGUUUACUUUUACACCACGUCGUCUUCAACCAAUAAUUGACAAACGUCAUGUAUGCUUUUCAAACAUACCGAUUGACACAAACCAUAUUCUUUCCUAUAUUGAUAUUGUUUCAAUGCCGUAUAAGGCAGCGAACUUUCAAUAUUAUGAAAAUGAUAAACAAACAACUAUUGUUGAAUAUAAUGAAGAUAUUGAUUUUUCUAGAAUUUCUUUGAAUGUUCGAAGUCAUCCUGAAUGCAAUGGGCUAAUGAUUAAUUGUAUUCAAUUGUAUCUUCCAGAAACAUUAUUAGUCGAAUAUGAUAAAGAGUUUUCAGAGGAUGAUAUUAUCAAAAUGUUCAACGGGAAACGAGUUUUUCAUGUAAAGACUUAUUUGUAUUGUUCUUUUGUGCAUUUCUAUUCUUAUGAUGAUCUCACCCAAUCAAUCAAUAGCACAUUUGAUAGCCGUAUCCGGUUGACACCAAUUUAUAUUAAUAUAUAUUCCGACAAGCAUUUGAAAGAUUACUUACAAAGACGAAAUAUGGAAUUUGAACGAAACGUUGCUAUGACCCGGCCUGAUUCUACAUUAAAUCAAAUCAAUAAAACCGAACUAGUAUCUCUUAUAGAAGACAUGAAGCCAUCUAUAAAACGUCAACCAUCUUCACCUGUUCUAUCGCCUCCACCGGUCGAUCAAAAAGCAGAACUAACGUUACCAGUUAAAGAGAAACCUUGUUCAUCAACGAUUUCAAAGCACGAAUCAAUUUUAUCCAAUACUGAAACUGAAUCGAUCGUCGAAGGAACAAACAAGGAUUUAUCUGUAAAUAGUGAUGAUGAAACAAUAGAUAGUGAAGAUGAUUUUCAUGAUAUACUAUCGGAUUUUGAUAAUGAGGACUUAUUUCUUGAUGAGCCCAUCGAUGAUCAAGGUGAUAUGGAAUACCUUCGUAGUGCAGCUAAAAAUCUAAUGACAUCAUUAGCUGAAAUGGAAGAAGCUAGUGCAAGCACAGAAACCGAUGAUACACCGCGUUCACUUUUAUAUGGUGACGAUUAUGUUGUUACAAUACAAAGUCGUCGUUUUACAUUAGCUUUUCUUGAUUACACACAAUUUCGUGUUGAAAAGCAACGUAAUCCAGAUAAAUUUCGUUUACUCACAUCACUGAAAAAGAUGACGAAUAAAAAACGAUCAGAACAAAUCAAGGGGCAGGAUCAAGCAUCACUGUCAACUUCUCCCAUUGUAACCAAAACGAAUAAGAAGAAACGAAAUAAACGUAAUAAAAAGAAAAAAAAUUCAAGCAAUCAUGAUAAAGAUGAUGAGAUUGACACGGAAAAUUAA